CCGAUUGGCCCGGGGCGCGGCCCCCGCACGUCACGUCCGCCGUGUCCCCUCGCAGGCCGGGCGGCGCCGCGGUGAAGAGCCUCGAGAUGGCCGCACGCAAGCUCACCCUCAAGGCCAUCGACUGGGCUGCAUUUGGAGAGAUCAUUCCCCGCAACCAGAAGGCCGUCGCCAACACCCUGAAAAACUUCAACGAGACCCUCACCACCCGGUUGGCCACCCUUCCCGAGAAGCCCCCAACCAUCGACUGGGCGUACUACAGGGCGAACAUCGCCAAGGCUGGCCUGGUAGAUGACUUUGAGAAGAAGUUCAACGCUCUGAAGAUUCCCAUCCCCGAAGACCGCUACACUGCCCUGGUGGAUGCUGAGGAGAAGGAGGAUGUGAAAAGUGGGGCAGAGUAUGUGGCCGCCUCAAAGGCCCGGAUCGCCGAGUACGAGAAACGGCUGGAGCAGAUCCGGAAUAUAAUCCCCUUCGAACAGAUGACCAUGGAGGACUUGAACGAUGCCUUCCCCGAAACCAAACUGGACAAGAAGAAGUACCCGUACUGGCCCCACCAGCCCAUUGAGAAUCUGUAAGGCUGGAGGCAGCCUCACCCACCCCGUGCCGGGCAGAGUUUUCAAUAAAGCGUCUACCCUCGG